AUGGUUCGCACACGGCCCAUCCAGAAGUUUGCAGCCGCAGUCGGCCAAUGUUCAACAGAGACCUCCAUGUACGGCAAGUGCAUCGUUGCCGACUACAACUCUGUCCACAAGGACAAAUGUUUGAAGGAGUUUCUCAGACUGAAGGAUUGCUAUCUUGUAUUUCUCACCACCAUGCCCCUUUCCACCUCUGUCUCUCCCGAGUUUACCAUGUCGCUAACACUGGAUCAUUCAAUCACAAAAGAUUGCUGCCCGCAAAGCAAGAUAAUGAUGGUAGAAGCACAAUAG